CCACAGAUAAAUCAUUGAUGAACACGUAUCCCCAUGUAUAUGUCCCUUUAUGAAAUAGUCUUGAAAAAUAAAUAAAAGAUAAAAUCUUGGAAAGUGUGCAAGUGUUAGGUAUAUCAGCAACCUAUCCCUGCAGCAAUUAUCUGUUUCUUCGUGAUUAAUUGGACGGAAAAACGAAAAUGGCUGCCAUGGAAGAACCAAUUCUAUCCAGACUAAAUCGACUGGAUAACAUUUUGAAACAAUUGGAAGACAUUAAGAGCCUUAACCAUUCUCCCAAGAGCUCGUGUGCAUCCACUUUCUCAAGUGGAAUCGUCACAAGUGACGGCCAGGCAUCAUCUGUUGAUUACUCACCAAAAAGCUUGGAGAAGCACUGCCGGCCCAUCAAUGAAGUGAUAUUGGAAGUCGAACGCAAGGGUACUCUCGUCGACAGACUAGUCCACGUGGAGGACCGUGUCUUGAAGAUUUGUUUGCAAUUAGAAGAAGUGCUCGAGGCAGAGAAGCACAGAGGGGAGACGGCGUCUGCAGAGAAGAAUUCACCUAAGAAGUCCUUGAAGAAGAUGCUGAAAACUUGUGUAAGAGGAGGACAUGGGAAGCAUUUGAUCAAAGCUUGAUAUAUAGAUAGUUUAAAGACUGUUUUUGAUGCAAGUCUUUUAGCAUAUGUUGUGUGCGUUUUUCUUACAGUACUUUGAUGACUUGAGCAUGUUUACUUGUAAUUUAUUCUUUUGUUUAGUCGAAAAAGAUAAUUCUUCUCAUCAAUAUGAUUUGAUCGAGAGACUCGAUUGUACUAUUUGUGCUCAAGAUCAUAUGGAUCCAUUUAAAAAAAUCUACAUCAAACAAAAUUAUUAGAAGGGA